CUUCACUGUAAAUAUAGUCAUCGAAAGAACCGGCUGUUUUCCUUUUGGUCGAUAAAUUCACACUUUGUUUCAAAUUAUUUCACAACAAUCAACAUAAAAUUAUUAACAAGUUUACAAAUCCACAGAGCCAAUGGCUAGUUGCAGUACAAAUGUUGAUUGGAAUCCGAAUUUCGAUGUUUUAAUUAGUGACAGUGAGGAUGAUGACGAUCAGGCCAAACCGAAUUACAAAGGGCGGGAGGCGCUCAUAUUUGUGGUGGACGCUAAUCUCUAUGAAGAAUAUGAGAGAUUUUCAGAGGCUUUGGAUAUUGUGCGCAAAGCUUUAAUAUCUGGAUUGCUAGUAAACAGUAACGAUUUAAUUGGUAUUGUGUUUGCAAAUACAGAAAUGAAUCCUGAUCCUUACGAAGCCAGAAGUUUGGACAAUAUAGUUGUGCCACAAAAUUGCGCGGUCUUCUUACCGCUCCGAGAACUAUCCAAAUCAAUAGUAGAACAUUACCUACGAUUUAUGGAAACUGCUGAACAGGAAUUUGGCGUAAACUAUGGGAUCGCAGGAAAUGGUGGUGCUGCUGAUUUUUCUGUUAUGUUACGUUUGUCCAUAAAUUUGUUUGAAAAUGCCGGUUAUAAUCUGGUUUCAUCCACAUUGGUUUACCUUACUGAUAAAGCGACACCUCAUCCGGUUAAUUCAAAUUUGUAUCAAAGGGCCUUACAAAAAGCUAAAGAUCUGGAAGGCAAAGAAAUUGAAUUUCAAGUGAUACCUAUGAUUGAUGAAUUCGAUUAUGAGCCGUUUUACAAAGAAUUUCUAACGCUGGUUGAAGAUGGAAAUAUUGCUGAUUUUGAACCAAGAAACCCUGAAGAAUUGCGUACAUUGUUGUCUGAUCGCAAAUUGCGUCAAAACGUAUUAAGACGAUCCUUGGGCCAUUUCAAGCUAUCGUUGGGUCCAGAUUUGGCGUUAUCAGCGCUCUAUUAUAAAUAUUUCAAAGCUCGUUUCAUGCCACGUAAAGUGCGACUACUUCGUAAGGAUAAUUCAAUCGUACAGCAAAAGCGUGUUAUUAUGGUGCGUAAGCAAUCUGAAGAAACUAUGGAUAUUGUUGAAGAGCAUCAAGUUAAACAAAGCGGUGGGUGGUACGAGAUUAAUCUAGGUGCCAUGCCUAUACGCAUUACCCCUGAGCAAAUAAAUCGCGUGCGAAAUCUACAUGCACCGGGCAUGAUGUUACUCGGUUUUAAACCGAUUUCCGAGUUGCCAGAAAACUGGUAUUAUAAACCGCAAAACUUUAUGUAUCCCAAUGAAAAGGGUGUCAGUGGAUCGAAACGUCUAUUUCGUGCACUUUGGGAACGAUGUUUGGAGCGCAAUAAAAUGGCUAUUUGCUUAUUUAUGCGUAAGCGUAAAUCAAUUCCACGUUAUGUUGCUUUAAUUCCCGUUGACGGUGCUGCUGCCGCGGAUGAUACAUCAAAACCGCUAUUAUAUGGCGAUGGAUUUAAGAUAGUAUAUCUGCCUUUUGCCAAACAUAUACGUAAUAUAGAUUUUGAAAAUUGGAAUAGCAUGCAGAAUGAGUCGCCUGAAGAAGGCGUGAAAGCUUUUGAAAAAGUUGUCAGUAAAUUACGUACAACAUUCCAGCCGAAUGUUCUUGUUGAUCCAACAGUGGAGGCAUUGCAGUCUAAUAUACUGGCUUUGGCGUUGAAUAUAAAAACUGACAAUGCCGGUCUUAGUGGCAUGCCGGAUGCCAAGCGACAGGAUGAGCGCAUUGCAAAAAUCAUACCUCGCUUAAAUGAAAUAUUCGGUGAUGAUGUCGAGGUAGCGAAAAAGCGUGCGGGCUCUGAUGCUUCCGGUGCAAGUGCUCCCAAAGUACCUAAAGCGGAUACGGAUAGUUUGAAGCAACUUAACUAUGUGCAGCAGUUGGUCAAUAAUGACACGUUGGGUGGUUGUACGGUUGCUCAACUCCGUGAUAUUUUGAAAACACAUUUUGAUGUGCAGGUUCCUUCAAAAAUGAACAAACAGGAUUUGAUUGCUCGAGUCAAGGAACUAAUUGUUUGAUAUUUGUCAAUUUUUUUUUGGAUUUUGAAAAUGCCUAUUCCACGUAAUUUUUUUCAAAAAUAUUUAUUUAUAAACACAUGUAUAAAGAAGUUAAGAUUUUUCUAAAGUUGCCUUUUUUAUUAUACUCGUACAUUAAUAUGUAUGAAUGUAUAUGUAAUAAAAUAUCAUAAAAAAAAUAGUUCAAUAUUAUUGCUAAACCAUUUCAAAGAUA